GUGAUCUGAUCUGUGUAAUACUGACAGAAAACAGGAGAUAUACGUGAUCAGCAACAGAGACGUCGACUCGAUGCAAGUACUGGAUGAGUGGCUAAACUUCGUCGAUACUGACGAAAUUCUACCACUAUUCGAAAAACUAUCCAUGGACUACGAAAUUUCUAAGCUACACUCUACAAAUUGGGACAACUUCUCAGAGGAAGUGGUAGCCGUGGUUCGCGACCAAGAUUUUGCUCAUCUUCGAAAACUGGAGUCGUUGGCAGAGCUGCGGACUAUCCUUGAUUUGCUCAAUGACCAUGGUGAAAAGAAGAUGCUGUUCGACACAUUUUCUCAUCUUCUUACAUUGGAGGCAAGCUCGUCACUUUUGCUAGAUCACAAUCAAGUAGCAUCAAACCUGCUCGACUUCCUGCCGAACGCGGCAUACCUCAUCCCCGCAUUUUUCCGAUCCCAAACCUGGCGGACUCAUAAGUCAGUAUUGGAGGACAACCUCGUCCACUUGGCUUUCAGGUUACUGAGACAGCUCGUUCUUCUGUCGCAAGAUAUGGGCAGCUUCAUUCGGCGUCCGAUUCAAAUACUGUUACAAGAAUUAAGAUGCAUCUCGCUACAUGAAUUUGCCGAGCUUGUGGAGCUCAUUUCUCUCACCGUUCGCUCUUCCGAAACUGCUUUGGAUCUUCUCCUCGAAGUUCUAGAGCCGGAAAGCUCACGGCUUCUAGUUCAACGACCAACUGCCAUUCGACAAUUCACGUCGUCUUUAUUUGGCAUCGCGCUUGAUCAUAUAGACGAAGCGUCUCGGAGUGAUAACCUGCAUUCACAGGAAAAUCUCAACCUCAGCAUUGAUAGUUACAGUGACGCCUGUACGAUAGUCAAGAGCAUACUCCGUAUCGACUCCUCUUUGAAUUCGAUACUCAAAGCUGGAGACCACGUUCGGCUCACGGCAUCCGACGCGCCGCGGAAUGCAGCUGACGCGAAGCUGCUCUCUAUGGAUGCGGUUGUAUCGUCUGCUGAAUUAGGCAAAGCUACGUUUCGAUGCCUCCAUCACCCGCCGUUGUAUCUUGACAAAUGUGGAUGGAGAGUUACACAUUGUGGAUCGUUCGUUACCGCCAAGGCCUCAUUCGACGCUGUAACCGCUUUUUACACGGAGCGUGAAGCUUGUACCACAAUCUAUCCAAUGCUUCUUGGUCUUCCUCCAACAAGACAAGGAAGACCGACUGACGUCGAGCUACCGUUGACUGUUGACACAUCACUGAACGAGAGUCAGAGUGCUGCGCUGAUGGCUUCGAUGAAACAUUCAUUGACGUUCAUAUGGGGUCCUCCAGGAACAGGAAAGACGCAUACGAUUGUUGUUAUCAUAACCCAGCUGUUGGAAAAACUGCCUGAAUCAGGAUUUCUUGUGACGGCGCCAACGCAAAAUGCAGUAGACAACUUACUGAGGAGGUUUGUUAGCUGCUUUGGUGCAAAGAAAGGUGGAGUCCUGCCGAUCAGGGUGUCAACACAGGUAAGUGCUGUCACCUCAAACGGUCUGAGCAGUCCUUCUAACAUCGUGACAAGCUUUCUAAGGUCGCUCAAGACCUACGUGCAUACACGUGUGAUGCCAUGCUGGGUAAAGAUCUCGGCGCAAACAUGCCCGCCCGCCGUAAAGCGCAGAAGCGCAUCAAAGACGCACGUCUGAUGUUCACAACCUGUACUGGUGCUGCGUUAGGUUUGUUAAGGAACGAACACUUCGAUGUCGUUAUCGUGGACGAGGCCUCACAACUCACGGAACCCGCUACCCUUGUGCCUCUUGUGAAAGGGUGUUCGCGUGCGAUACUAGUUGGAGACCACGUUCAGCUCCGCGCC